CGUUAGUCUUCCCCCGCCCCCUGUCCCCCCCUCACCCCUGCCCCGGCCCGGCUCGGCUGUGUUUGUGUCAGUUUCAUGCCAACAUGGAACUUGUAAAUAGUAAAGAAAAGGAAAAACUCGUGAAAAAUGGGCUUCACAAUGAUGAAAAGGAAAUUGAAGAACAAAAGCAAUGUCACAAGAGUCUUAAGGUCCAUAUCGAGCUAGACUGCAUUGCUGUCACCCUAUUUUUAGUUGGUUUAUGUAUGAGGCUUUAUCAUUUGGAAGAGCCUAAAAGUAUUGUAUUCGAUGAACUUCACUAUGGGAAGUUUGUUGGCAUGUACAUGAAGCGGAUAUUUUUUUUCGAUCAGCAUCCUCCUUUUGGGAAGCAACUUGUUGCUGCAGUAGCUUAUCUCGCUGGUUUUGAUGGUGAAUUUAAAUUUGACAGCAUUGGAAGUCCCUACCCUGCAAGUGUUCCUAUAUUUGCCUUGCGGCUGGUGCCUGCUAUCAGUGGAGCUCUGCUAUUGCCUGUUGCGUAUCAUGUUGUCCUUGAGCUCGGCUUCAGCCAGUGGACUGGAGCACUUGCUGGCUUCUUCCUUCUGUGUGAUAAUGCUCUUUUAACACAGUCAAGAUUCAUUUUGAUGGAACCAAUGUUGUUAUUGUUGUCUCUUUUGGGAUUGCUUUGCGUGCUGAAAUUCAGGAAAUUACGUGAACAGCCUUACAGUGUCAAGUGGUGGCUUUGGCUUUCUCUUGCAGCUACCUUCUUGACCCUUGCAGUUUGUGUGAAGUACAUUGGAGGGUUGACGUACUCAUUGUGUAUGGCAAUUCUGCUACGGGACUAUUGGCAUCUCCUUGGCAACCGAAGCCUUCCUAGUGGUGCUUUGCUACGCCAGUUCGCUGGCAGACUAUGCGUGCUCAUUGCCAUUCCGUCUGCAGUUUACCUCGCUGUGUUCUAUGUCCACCUCAGUGUCUUGAACCAUGCUGGGCCCCAUGAUACUAUAAUGACAAGUGCUUUUCAAGCAAGCCUCGAGGGAGGCUUGGCUUCUAUCACACAUGGACAGCCUCUGCAAGUGGCGCAUGGGUCCCAGAUCACGCUGCGACACACGCAUGGCCGGCCGUGUUGGCUUCACUCUCAUGAUGCAGUCUAUCCAAUCCGGUACAGUGAUGCGCGAGGGUCGUCCCACCAACAGCAGGUCACAUGUUAUACUUUCAAGGAUGUUAAUAAUUGGUGGAUAGUAAAGCGUCCAGAUCGCAAUGAUAUGGUGGUAUCAGAACCAGUUGAUGCAAUUCAGCAUGGGGAUGUCAUUCAGCUUGUUCAUGGCAUUACAAGCCGAGCUCUGAACUCUCAUGAUGUAGCAGCAGCAAUGUCUCCACAUAAUCAGGAGGUCAGCUGUUACAUUGACUAUAAUGUGUCAAUGUCUGCUCAGAAUCUUUGGCGAGUUGAAAUUAUAAAUGAAGACCAGACUGGCAAAGUGUGGCAUGCUAUUCGCUCUAUGGUACGUCUAGUUCAUGUAAACACAUCACAAGCUCUAAAAUUCAGUGGAAGGCAGUUACCAGAUUGGGGCUUUCAUCAACAUGAAGUGGUAACAGACAAGCAUUUAGUGCAAGAUGACACUGUAUGGAAUGUUGAAGAACAUCGAUACACUAAAGCUGAAGACCAAAAGGAACGGGAGAGAGAGCUUGUUAAUGCAGAAAUGAUUCCAAUGUCUGCUACCAAGCUUACCUUUUGGGACAAAUUUUUAGAACUUCAAUAUAAAAUGUUGUUUUCGAACACUGAAAGUGUGCAAAACCAUAUGUACAGCAGUGACCCUUUGGAAUGGCCUCUGCUGACAAGAGGAGUGGCAUAUUGGGUUAGCAGGGACAGCAAUGCCCAAGUCCACCUUCUCGGAAAUAUUAUUGUCUGGUGGUCAGCAUCCAUGGGAGUUGUGGUGUAUUCCAUGCUUUUGGUGUGGUACACCCUCCGGCGCAGGCGUGCGUGCUAUGACCUACCUGAUUAUCUUUGGACACAGUUUGUGUCCAUUGGAGAGGUGCUGCUGCCCGGGUACCUUAUUCACUACCUACCAUUUUUCCUAAUGGAUCGCACUCUAUUCUUACAUCACUACCUGCCGGCUUGCGUUUUCAAAGUUCUACUUUUGGCAGCAACUGUUGAACAUAUUUAUCUGCUGUUGAGAAACCACAUUAAGUUUAAAAUGGUCUCCGUUGUUUUCCAAAUGGUGAUCUUUGUGUGGCUAUUAAUCAUUUUGUGGGUUUUCCGCAAGUUCUGUGUUCUAAGUUAUGGCACAACUGCCUUAUCUGUGAAUGAUGUUCUCUCACUGCGUUGGAGGUGGUCAUGGCAUCUUAUAUUGCAUCGGAAUGUACAUCUGUGAACUGACCACCAAAAGAAUCUUUCCUUGAUCUGAUAAAAUUUAGAAAACCUACAAAUCAAUUUUUAUUUUUAGCGGUUUUGGGCUGUUUUUCUUUGUGUUUGCAUGUCUCAAUGUCUGAAUUUGUUAUAUUUUAACAACAUUCAAAAAGACUGAUAGGAUAUUACCCUUUAAAUAUCAUGGACCGCAUGCUUUUAAAAUCUUGUUAAGGAUUGACUUUUAUACUACUGUACAAAUUCAAUGCUUCUUAAUGUUCCAUAAUUAAAUAGACAUGUUGGAGUUGGACGUCCUAGCAGUAGAUAAGAUUGUUAAUAAUAGUUAAAAUUGAUUUUUAUAUCUUUGUUUUUUGGCACCUUUCUUGGGCCUAAUAUUUAUAGCUGUUGAACGAAAUGAUGUUUUAUGACUUGUAAUGUAGUUAAGAACCACAAUGUGAUUAUUGUGUAUUGACCUUGUAAAUAUUUAUCUUAUUUAUUAUUUUUGUAUUUAUUUUACUUGCUCAAAAUCAUUGUCUUCUUACAUCACAAUCUAAGUAAUCAAACUGUUUUCAGUUAUCUGCUGUGUGGUAUUUUGAUUCUGAAGAGCAGCCAUUUCAAAAAUGUAUGAUCAAAGUGCCUUCUCUUAUGGUAUCCAUUACUUUGAAAAUGAGAAAAUGACUUGAUACUGUUUUUUAUUAUGUUGUAUACCUCUCUAAUGAAGUGUUAUGAACAAAUACUCUGUAAUUGAAAAUAUUUAUUAUCUGAUGCAUAGGAUGUUGUAUACUUAUGUUGUGGCAUGGCAGCUGAACUGUGCUAUAUUGGUGUUAUGCUCUGAACAUUUUUCUGAGACUUUAUUCAUGAUCGUUCCUUGACAGAAAGUUGUCAUUGGGCUCAAGAACUUAUCUUAGUUUGGUUGUGUGUGUUUGUAUCCCUUAUCAGUCAUGCUAAGUACCAAAUUUAAUCAGGAAAAAAUGUUUAUUCAAGUUACUUAUCAACAAAAUUUAUCUACAAUAGUGACCAUCUUUUUGUCUAAUGGAUGAUAAUACAUUUAACAUAAAACUUGCGAAUACAGUAAUAACACAUUCA